AAACAAGAAGAAAAAACUGAAAACAAGAAGAAAGAAGGAAACUGAGGAAAGCCCAGCGGUUGCAAGGACGACAUGCUGCCCCCGCCCACAAGAAAGCGGCUGGUGGGUGGCUCCUCGACAUUGAACUCCAUUAAAACGCAAGCGCACGAAGAGUCAAGGAUUUGGAUACGGAUACGGAUACGCUUUCGUAUAGCGAUUGGCAUUGGCAUUUUCAGGGUCAUGGUCGCAUCAGUUGGUGCAUCCUCAUAGGCCACCAGUAGCAGCUCCAGCUCCAUAUUCACCUUCCAUCUCCACCAGCGGCAGCAGCUGCAGCGACAGCGACAGCAAUAGCAAUCAUGUCCAGCGAUUCAUCGGCGGAGAGCGACAGCGAGUUGUAUGAUCCGCUGGCCGAGGAGCUGCACAAUGUGCAGCUGGUCAAGCAUGUCACCCGCGAGAACAUCGAUGCUUUGAAUGCCAAAUUUGCCAAUCUGCAAGAGCCGCCGGCCAUGUACUUAACCGAAUACCAGGAGCUUACCUCCAAGCUGCACGAGCUGGAGGCCAAGGAGCAUGAGCUAAUGGAGCAGCUCAAUGCUUUGCAGCAGCAGCAGCAGCAGCCGCAUGAGACGCCAGAGGAAACGGCGGCCGAGCAGCCGCAUUAUCAAAACCAAACGCAAAUACUGCAGCAGCAGCGUCAGUUGGCUCGCAUCCAUGGCGGCGUCGGCGGCGGCGGUGGCACUGAUCUCACUGAUUCCGGCCUGGGCGGCUCCAAUCCGGCCAGCCAGUGUGGCACUCUCACCCGCCAGCCCAAGAUCCUGCUGCGCGCCCAUUUGCCCAAUCAGCAGCGCACCUCCGUCGAGGUGGUGGCCGGCGUCCGGCUGUGCGAUGCAUUAAUGAAGGCCCUGAAGCUGCGCCAACUGACGCCGGAUAUGUGCGAGGUGAGCACCACGCAUAGCGGACGACAUAUCAUACCGUGGCACACGGAUAUCGGAACACUGCAUGUGGAGGAGAUCUUCGUGCGGCUGCUGGAGAAGUUCCCAAUACGAACGCACACGCAGCAUCAGUUCAUCCGGAAGACGUUCUUUUCGCUGGUCUUUUGCGAGGGCUGCCGUCGGCUGCUCUUCACGGGCUUCUAUUGCAGCCAGUGCAACUUUCGGUUCCAUCAGCGAUGCGCUGGCAGAGUGCCAAUGCUGUGCCAGCCCUUCCCAAUGGAUAGCUACUAUCAGCUGCUGCUGGCCGAGAAUCCGGACAACGGUGUGGGCUUCCCCGGCCGCGGCACUGCCGUACGCUUCAACGUGAGUAGCCGCAGCCGCAGCCGGCGGUGUAGCAGCAGCGGCAGCAGCAGCAGCAACUCAAAACCCCCUUCCUCAUCCUCCGCCUCCAACCAUCGACAGGGUCGGCCGCCGCGCAUCAGCCAGGAUGAUCGCUCCAAUUCGGCGCCGAAUGUUUGCAUCAACAAUAUACGCUCGGUGCCCAGCGAUGUGCAACGUAGCCUCAUCAUGCAGGCCAGGCCCCCGUUGCCGCAUCCCUGCACGGAUCAUUCCAACUCCACACAGGCCUCGCCCACCAGCACGCUGAAGCACAAUCGACCGCGAGCCAGGUCCGCCGAUGAGAGCAACAAGAAUCUGCUCUCCCGGGAUGCCAAGAGCUCCGAGGAGAACUGGAACAUCCAAGCGGAGGAGAUAUUGAUUGGCCCACGCAUUGGCUCUGGUUCUUUUGGUACCGUCUAUCGCGCCCACUGGCAUGGUCCUGUGGCGGUCAAAACGCUGAACGUUAAGACGCCCAGCCUGGCCCAGCUGCAGGCCUUCAAGAACGAGGUGGCCAUGCUGAAAAAGACGCGCCAUUGCAACAUCCUUCUGUUCAUGGGCUGCGUAUCCAAACCCUCGCUGGCCAUUGUGACGCAGUGGUGCGAGGGCAGCAGCCUCUAUAAGCACGUCCAUGUCAGCGAGACAAAGUUCAAUCUGAAUACGCUCAUCGAUAUCGGUCGCCAGGUGGCCCAGGGCAUGGAUUAUCUGCAUGCCAAGAACAUAAUACACAGAGACCUGAAGUCAAACAACAUUUUCCUGCACGAGGAUCUGUCGGUGAAGAUUGGAGAUUUCGGUCUGGCCACCGCCAAGACUCGUUGGUCUGGCGAAAAGCAGGCUAAUCAGCCGACGGGCAGUAUUCUGUGGAUGGCACCGGAGGUGAUACGCAUGCAGGAGCUGAACCCGUACUCCUUCCAAUCGGAUGUGUAUGCCUUUGGCAUUGUGAUGUACGAACUGCUGGCGGAAUGCCUGCCCUAUGGCCAUAUCAGCAAUAAGGAUCAGAUUCUGUUUAUGGUGGGACGUGGUCUAUUACGCCCCGACAUGAGCCAAGUGCGUUCGGAUGCACCACAGGCUCUCAAGCGUCUGGCCGAGGACUGCAUCAAGUAUACGACCAAGGAUCGUCCGCUAUUCCGGCCGCUGCUCAACAUGUUGGAGAAUAUGCUGCGAACGCUGCCCAAGAUCCAUUGCAGUGCCAGUGAGCCAAACCUUACGCAGUCCCAGCUGCAGAACGAUGAUUUCCUGUACCUGCCCAGCCCGAAGACGCCGGUCAACUUUAACAAUUUUCAAUUCUUUGGCAGUGCCGGCAACAUCUAAGCGGUCAGGCUGUACCUGUACUUAUCCCUGCGCAGCCAAAGCCUCUUCGAAGUGAUCUAUAACUAAAUAUAUAUAUAGAUAUAUGUAUAUGUUUAACACACGACAAAACACACCUAAAACCUUUCUUCCCUCUGUAAAUAAGCGGCGGCGCCAAACUGAAAAAGAGCGAGAGGGCGCAUGCUGGCGAAGAUAUGGCUGCUUUCCUUGGAACUGACAAAGUGCAUUUCUGUUGCGACAAAUUAAUGACUACAAACUUGUAAACUGUAAACUAAAAACUGCAACGCCCAUGUGUACAUAACUGCAUCAUAACUUAUAUACGUUAGGCAAGACUACUGAGCUAAAACUAAAGCUAAAACUAAAACUAAACUAGCUGAUCGCAAUUACAUUAUACACAUAUACUUAUACUACGGAA